AUGGCAGACCAAAUUCUUGACCAGGUUCGGGAUCUUGCCGAAGGGCAAAUUGACUUUGAAGGUCAAAGAUUGGCAGAGUUCUUGACAACAGCUCUAUUAGCAAUAUCCGGAGCCAUUGCCUUCUUUGUUGGCUUCUUCAAACAAGAUAUCAAACUGGCGCUUGCUUUCGGUUUACUUGGAACGGCAUUCACCUUCGCCAUCGUUGUGCCUCCAUGGCCCUUCUACAAGAAACAUCCCGUUAGAUGGUUACCUUUGGGUGGGCGGGAUGCAUCGACACAAGGGAUUGUUGUGGAUGGAAAGACUGUUGGCUGA